AUGGGCAGCAGCGGCGUCCUCGGGCGGCUCCUGCAGAAGGAAGGAGGCAGCGGUGAGACCGCGGCGGCGACAGGGGCGGCCCGGCGGCGGCCUCGGCCGCGUGUCCCAGCGCGCGAGGAUAGGACCGGCGGAGGGAGGCCGCAGGCACCGAAGACUUCGCGCCGGGCGUUGCUCUGCCUCCGCACAUCACGGGCCCGGGCACCGCACCGCCCGGGCCCGCCAAGAACGGGAGGCGCCCCAGGAUCCCGUCCGGAGCUGAAGAAGAAGCUCUUCAAGCGGCGCCGCGUCCUGGGCAGGGAGAAGCGGAGGCGGCGGCGGAUCGUGGGGGCGGUGGUGGACGAGGGACUUAUCACCAUCCACCACCUGCGGAAGCGCCUGUCGAGCCCCCGGGCAAACAUCACCCUCUCGGGGAAGAAGCGGCGGAAGCUGCUGAAGCAGCUCCAGCACAACGCGAAGGAGAAGGCAGCCAUGCAAGUUGAUGUUGCCCCGAAGCCGGCAGAGGUGAAUAAAGUUGCCAGGUCUGGCCGGAAGAGAUGGAAAUUGAGAGUCUCUGAGGACGUGGAGAUGACGGACGUAGAGGCUAUUUCUGAAGCGAGGAGCUGAAUCCUCUCCGACGCCUGGACGUGCGCCACUGGCUGCUUCUCCACCACCCUCUGCUGUGCUGUGGUGGGGGGAAGGAGGGCAGUGUGUUUGCGACCCAGCCGGUGCUGGGGUCACUGUGCCGGGUGCAGAGCGAACGGGCUCCUGCUGGUUGUCUGCGGGCUGAUGCAACUGGCAGCCCCCCGGGACGGGGAAUGGGCUGUGAAAUAAAAGAUGUGGGGGAGGC